AUGGCUGCUGGAGUUAAAGACAUAACGUUCAAGGAUUUGGAGUCUGAUGAACUUCCGAUCACAUCAGCGGUAUUGAUGGGGGGAGCACACCAUCUGGGCCAAUACUGCGACCAGGAUUUCAAGACGUUUAUGGGCUGCCGCUACGGUCACAAAGAUCCCAGAAAAUGUCUGGAAGAAGGAAAGCAAGUCACAAAGUGCGCUCUAGAUUUCUUCAAGAAGCUAAAAACAGAGUGUAACGAUGUUUUCACCAAACAUUGGACCUGUCUUGAUUACCACAACCAAGAGUUUGGUUAUUGUAGAGCAACGCAGAAGAAAUUUGAUGCCUGUGUUUUGGAAAAGCUUGGAUUGGAAUGCGUUCAGCCUACUCACAUUGAACUCCAUGAUUAA